AGCAAUCAUAUUGCGGGUGAAAACAUAUAAAACCUCUCGUUAUUCUCAUCACUCGCUAGUAUCGUUUCAUUCAUAACGCUGUUGUAGUAAUUGUAUCGAACGUAAAUAAUGAAAGGUGCCGGUGCGCUAAUUUUGCUAGCCACGUUUGCUGUGGCAGUACACGCCCUGGACAUCCCGCUAGAAUGCCCCGAAGAGGACGACAUUUUCCACCCGGUUCACAUUCCCCACUUUACCGAUUGUACCAAGUUCUACAAGUGUUUCAACGGCAAAAAGUACGAGAUGGACUGCCCGGCCGGUUUGCACUGGAAUAUCGAGAAGGAUUUUUGUGACUUUCCCGAUGAAGCUAACUGCGAACGGCCGCUGCAAAUCGACCCGUAAUGGUUCAAUCAACUAAGUGAAUAAAAUCUUUUAUAAUCAAAAUUAAAAUGUGGUUAAAAUAUGUGUACGAUAUAUUUGACAGUCACUGUAUAUACACAUUUGAAAUUCAAAUAUCAAACCACGUUGGCAUGGAUUUGGCUAGGCACAGCUAUACGUGCUCAUAUCUCAACUCAACCCAACUGACGCGUAAACGCGUUCGCUUUGACAGCGCAAAGUAAACACAGGCCCAAAAGAGAAAUCGGACAAAUCAUAACAACGUACCCAAGUUCUGUGAUAAAUUUGUCCUGCGCUCGCGAAACGUGUAGUGCGUGAAUAGAUAAAACAAUGUUUCGUAAAGCCAAACAAACGAUUGCUCCUCUCCCGAAACCACCGACCGAAGCACAGAUGCUGGAAGACUUGCAGCUGUUCCACGAAACGAGAUCAACAGUAUCGCAACCCGCCAGCAAAGAGAACCUACCAACCCUCACGGAAGAGUCGACCAUGGACGAAUGGUGGAAGGUGUACGACGCCUCGGUGCAGCAACACGAGCAGUUCUUUGACCAAAAAACGAAUGCACUGGAGCUGAAACAGUCGCUGCAGGAAAUGCGAAGUGAAUUGCAAGCAGUGUGCGAUAAAUUAAUGGCCGAAAUCGAGCAAGAUCUGGGACGGCUAGCUGCCACGAUGUCGGAAUAGAUUGCUGCCUUGGGAAUGGUUUGAAUGGAUGGCUAACAUUUUGAAUUAAAAUAUCUACUGUGAUGAGCGUAACGGAAUAAAACUACUACGGGUUAACUGUAAUCCUGAA